AGAAUCAAAGUUCUCACACAACUUUUGAGUUUUUUCUUUUCCACCCACCCACCCCCGUGGUUGCCCAGCACGACAGGGAUCCUUGGGUUUAACCAAUUCAACUACCCUUGUUUGCCACUUCGUUAGUAGUGCUACCUAUUAGAAAAAAUGGAAAAGGAGGAAAUCGCCAAGUCCAGUGCACCAUCGUCCCCUGACGUUGUAGGGAGUAAGUUUGGCAGCGGGACGCUGCGCGGGGUGAAUAGAUAAUAUGUUGGAAGUCCAUCGCGAGUUUGGAGGGUGGAAUCAGGUCUCAGCCAAUGCAUCUCUCUCGGACUCUUUGCACCUCUCGAUUCUUCUAUUCUUACCAAAAGAUUCUUCGUUACUUCUCUCUUCUGUUAUUAUCGAUUCUUGCUUUUCCCUGUUCACCUCUGUGAAACCCUCUUUCACGUCCACUGUAGCGGGUGUUUUUUUUCUGCUUCGCGUUUGCGUGGUAAGUUCGCAUUUCGAGUCUCUCCGUAGCUCCACAAGCCGUAUCGCCUGCCUUUCUGAAUCGAUGAGCCAGCCCUUCUUUUUUCUGCUGUUUUGCGUAUUUCCGCUUCUCAGCACUUCUUUUUCCUUCUGAUAUCGCAGGAGAUAUGGAAAGGAAGAUAGAAGCAGGAACGAAGCCUGAGGUGCAUUUUUGUGUGGACAAAACUUCUGAAUUGGAGAGGGCAGUAUCUGUACAGAGGGAAGUAUCACCACCGGCUGGCGUGUUAUGCUCAUUCGACUGCUCCGCUAGGCGAGGUUUGGUGAUGCUUUGAAGUAGUCGGUGUCGUGUGCCGAUGUAAUUGCCUCCCACUUCUUCAUCCUUUUCUUGUUUCAUUUUGAUGAGUUUUCUGCCUUCUUUUUUGGUGUACGGCGGCUUCGCGCACGGAGGUGUUGACGAAGGGGAUCGCACAACACCGCCGCAGCUCACGUGAUAAAUCGUAGGCACACUUCACACAACCAACGGCAUCUGUACCCACACAUAUACACACGCACUCACACUAUACAGCAAAAGCGAAGGAUACGUUCAUUGCAUCGCCAUCCUGUCGUAAUCACGCGAGAAACCUGCUGGACUUUUGGUGGAAGCCGCAGCCAACUGCCGCAAACUCCCUUUUAAAGAGCUUUGCUGCCUUCCCUUUUAUUAUUCCUUCUCUUCAAUACUAUUACUUAGGAUUUUUACAUAUUUUUGUACGUUCUCCGUACUUUUUUUUUCUCUGGUGUUUACGCUCUUCCCAGAGCUUACGCACCUUCACAUAUUUUUCUUCUCCAUAGUUGCUUACGUUGCACGGCUGAUGUCCUACGUUGUCGAGUACGCCAAGAGCGUGCACUCCGCCUUUCGCGCGCCGAACAACUUCUGCCACGACCUCCAGCACGUCAUGCGCGGUGCCGUGAAGAACCUCAGCCAAACCUGCCUCCUCACGACGGAGCCGCAGCAGCUGGCACGCUACCAGGCCAUUUUCACCUCUCUGCAGAACAUCAUCGACACGAACACGACCAUGUCGGAGUGCACCGUGGAGCAGUCCGACACCUUCUCCAUGAUGGACAGCACGGGGGACUACCUGGCGGCGGCCUCAUCCGCCUCCGAACUCUCUUCAGGACAGCAGCCGCGGCGCUUGAGCAUUUCGACUAGCUCCGUCAAGUCGUCCAAGACGGCCCAGGAGGUGACCUCCGACUCCUUCGACGCCGUCGGCGCGGAAAACCUCAGCGCCGUUCUCUCCACAGAGCUGGUACGGCAGCUCGGCGAGGUCUACGACACCGCUGCCAUUAUUCAAAAGAAGGAGGCGCAGCUCCACGCACUGAAACCGAAGGUGAAGAAGUACGCAUCGCAGAAGAAAGCCGAAAAGCUUCUGGUCGCACACAAAGCGGAGGACGCGCUAAACGUCGAACUCGCACAGUACAAAGGCGACCUGCAGGAGGCCCUGACGGAGUGCUUUCCCGCCGUGUACAAGCGCAUCUUGCAGGAGUACAUUGACCUGUGCAACAGCCUGCUGAGGGCCACGCUUGUCGGCACCAACAUCAUCGAGCAAGGGACCUCCGAUGCCGCGACUCCGACCAACGGCGACGCGGCGCAUCAGAGGAUCCCCAGCGUGGCGCUCACAGUGGACGUGUUAGAGGCCCAUGAAGCGCUGGAGGAGAUGAAGCGAGAGGCACAGCACCGGCUGGAGGACGACAAGACGCGAGAGCAGAAGCUGCGGCACAAAAGUAACCUCCUCAACGCCACCGCUCCGCCGACGGCGAACGAAGCCGAACACGCAAAGACGCACCCGUCAGUCCCGAUGAGCACGAUAACCGACGUUCCGAGUAUUCAAGACGCCGGUGUGCCGAGCGGGCCGUCGCACGCGGCACCAGCGGUGGCACCAGCACAGACGGCUCUCCUAAAGAGUCCAACAGCGUCGACGGUCGCACCACUGGAGGCGUCACACACCGGCCUCCCAACAACCACACGAAGCAGCGUUCCGACGGAGUCGCUCUCCAGCACGUCGGGGCCCGCCGGUGGGUCAUCGCGAGCGGAGGGGGCAGCGGGCAAAACGAAGGAACCGUCCUCCUCAACGCGGUCCUCCACGCGGCCGAACGAGGAUGGCGGCGUGACGGCGGCCCACGCCGAGGAAUCUGUCGCCCCGUCCUUGGCGGGCGUCGUGCACCAGCAGUUCCCCUUUUGGUUCCGCUACUACUACUUCGACCGCCUCGCGAACUCGACGGAGCGGCUGGCGAUCGCCUUCUGCCUCUACCUCAGCUACUGCAGGCGGCUCGCCCGCAGCGCCGGCUACGCCAUCCCGCCGGCCAUCAAGAAGCACAUGGACCGCGUGGAGACGGAAUCGACGACUGCCCGCUACGCACGCCACAAGCGCGAGUUCCAGGCGGUGCUGAAAGAGAUCUUCACCUACCGCAAAAACCUGGAGGUGAUGGAGACGUACGUGCGCCUUGCCCGGGAUGCAGAAACGCACGUGAACAAGUACGCGGGCACCAAGAAUAAGGACGCCUAUGCGAAGUGGAGUGCUCGGCUGACGAAGGCGAAUGAUUCGAUUGAGCUGCUGCGGGUGGAGGUGUUUGGGCGGGGGGCGGAGGAGAUGAUUCGGUUUUAUGAUCAACUGCUGCUGUGCAUUCGCAGCUCCGUGAGCGACUUCAUCGUGACGCUGGGCGGCACGCCCGAGGCCUGA